GAGACCGCCGAACGUGAACCAGUGCGGCACGUAACGCGCGGAGCCGGACGGGGUCGGCCGCGGCGCGGGGCGAAGGGAAAGCCUCCGCGAGCGGAGGCACAGGAGACGAAAGGCAUCGGCGACGAGUCUCGCGCGUCCUCUCGGCCGAAUGUGUCCGGCACACCUUGCCGGUGCGCUAAUCAGCGAGCCCGCCGCGCGAUCCACCUUGCGCCCGUCCCUCCGUUUACGCGGAGCACUCGUUCCACGUGGAUUCCCCUCGAGCGAAUGAGAAUCGCGCGAACAGAGCCCGUCGGUACGAAAGGAAACGAAACGAGGGAGGCGAGCUGUGAUAGCAACUGGAGCGACCCACGGGGAACCCCUUGUCCACCGCCGGGAGGACAGUGGAUAGGUAGUUCGAAGGCAAAUUGACCGUCGAUCAUGGAGGAUGAGUUGAAGAAGAAACAGGAGGAGGAGGAGGAGGAGGAGGAGGAAGAGGAAGAGGAAGAGGAGGAAGAAGAGGAAGAGGAAGAGAAUGAUGAGAAAGAGGAGGAUGAGAUGUUCGACGAAUCUCCUAGGUUUCAGGAACUAGAGCGCACCCAAUCGGGCCGGAAAACGAGCAUCUUUAAAUUUUACUCGCACCAGCAGAAGUCCAAAGACGCGAUGCCAGGAUCGUCGAAGAAACCGGGCGCUCUUAUCGGAGUAAUUGAUGUUGGCACGCGGACCGUACGCUUUGUGGUGUUCAACGCGCAACACGUGACGGAGGUAGCCUCGCACCAGAUCGACAUAGAGGAGAUCAACCCGCGGGAAGGAUGGGUGGAGCAGGACCCGAGGGAGAUCCUGUUCGCGGUGAAGGCGUGCAUCAAGGACGUCGUGAAAAAAUUGGACAAGCUCGGGCUGAGCGUGGCGGAGAUCGUGACGAUCGGUAUCGCGAACCAGAGAGAGACCACUGUCGCGUGGGACGCGACCACCGGCGAUCCGUUAUAUAACGCCAUAGUGUGGUCCGACAUAAGGACCGUCUCGAUCGCCGAUCAGAUAAUAGCGAAAUUCCCGGAUCAAAGUAAGAACCACAUAAAACCUCUGUGCGGUUUGCCGGUCAGCCCGUACUUCUCUGCACUGAAGAUUCGUUGGCUGAAGGAAAAUGUGACGGCGGUCAGAAAAGCCAUAUGGGACAAGCGGUGCAAAGUCGGCACCAUGGACACCUGGAUCGUUUGGAACUUAACCGGCGGUAGAGACGGCGGGUUGUACAUCACCGAUGUAACGAACGCCUCGAGGACCAUGCUAAUGAACAUAGAAACCUUGUCAUGGGACCCCACGUUAUGCAGAUACUUCGACGUUCCCAUGCAAAUGCUGCCGGAGAUCAGAAGCAGCGCCGAAAUCUACGGCAAUAUUGCGAUCGAUCCGCUGAAGGGUAUCCCCAUAUCGGGUAUUUUAGGCAAUCAACAAGCAGCGUUAGUCGGGCAGAAAUGUCUAAAGAGGGGCCAAGCCAAGAACACGUAUAGAAGUGGCUGUUUUUUGUUAUGUAAUACAGGAACAACGAGGGUGUAUUCUUCACACGGUUUAGUCACGACGGUAGCAUAUCAAUUUGGUCCUAAAAGCCCGGCGGUGUACGCGCUGGAGGGAUCGGUAGCAGUAGCGGGGACUGCCAUUAAAUGGCUUCGCGAUAAUAUGAAGCUUAUAAAGGAUGUCCACGAAAGUGAACAUUUAGCUGAAAGCGUUUUUAGUACCGGGGACGUAUACUUUGUACCAGCGUUUACAGGAUUAUACGCUCCAUAUUGGAGAAAAGAUGCGAGAGGGAUAAUAUGCGGUCUUACCGCGUUCACCACGAAACAGCACAUAAUAAGAGCGUCGUUGGAAGCUGUCUGUUUCCAAACGAGGGAUAUUUUAGAAGCCAUGUACAAAGACUGUGGUUUUCCGCUGACCAAGUUGUACACAGAUGGAAAAAUGUCAACGAAUAACCUUCUUAUGCAGCUGCAAGCAGAUCUUUGUGGCACGCCAGUAUUUAGGUCGACUAUGCCGGACAUCACAGCGUUAGGAGCAGCUAUGGCUGCAGGACACGCGGAGGGCAUAGGAGCGUGGGAAUUUGAAGGGGAAGAAGUGGAGAGUGUGCCGACUGAUACAUUUCUGCCAACUACAACACCAGAAGAGAGGGACGCUAGGUACAAGAAAUGGAAGAUGGCGGUUGAAAGAAGUUUAGGAUGGUCUGCGGUUAAGAAGUCUGAACAAAUGACAGAUGAGAGAUAUUGCGUUCUGGCGUCGAUCCCUGCAAGUUGGUUCUUGAUGACAAGCUUUAUCUUGCUACGAUUAAGUUACUACUUAGAAAAUCGGUGACAACACGUUUACGUAAUUGAAGCUCAGGUUCAGUUAGAAGGCAGGUAGCCUAUGUUUGAAUUGCAAGUGCAGGUAGGAGCAGUACUGGCAAAAGAAACUUAACAAUAGUAGUACAAAACGCGGAUAACGAUGUCCGAAUUACAGAACAAAGAAGUAGUACGAGAAACAAUUUCGUUGCGAUAGAAUCGUUUACCUUUCCAAUUAAGCUUGCUACAGAAGACUCGUGAUAGGGUACUCGAAAGAAAGGCAGGGCGACGGAUACGAGUGCUAACAGAUAAUUGCUUUCAAAGGGUGAAAGUUCAAAAGAAGGAUCACGAAGGCACAGCAUCAGGACGCCCACAGAACUCGAAACUAUCGCUAUGUUUUAUCGUCUCUCGAAUGCAAGAUAACGUGGUAUUUCAAAAAAAUCUUAUAGUCAAGGUGUUCGCUUUACAGAUAUCGAAUCAGGCGCGAUUACGCAUACAUUUUUUUACGCUCAUAGGUUUCCACAAGUUGGACCUACACGACUCAUUAAUUUAUGAUGUGUAUCAUUUAAUCUAAUUUGUAUGCCAUCUCUUUUAUAUUCUUAAGCUAAUUCACUACGUUAUAAAUAGUCCUGUAUGUAUAUUGUUUGAAACUGUUGUAUUAUAAAAGCGUACAAGGAAAUACACGUUCAU